AUGACCCCUCCCCCCGAGGGCACCUGGGCGCAUUGGUUCUUUUCCCAAAAAUGGGUUCACAUCACCGUCACCCUUGGCACCCUUACAGCCCUCAGCAUAUGGACCUUCACCCUAAACUACAAGCACAACACUCCCUUCGGCGACAUGCUCCCUCCCAUGUCCGACUUCUUCUGGCACCCCAUCUCGUCCACCCGCGCCCUCGUCGAAGUCAUCCGCCUCAACGAAGCUCACAACACUGCCCGCAUCCAAGAAAAGAGAAGAAAACUCGUCGAGGACGUCGCCAAAAGGACAGCGUAUAGGAGAGCGCACGGCUUGCCAGAGGAGUACGGCAUGUUUGGACUCAAGAAGGCCACCAUUGACCCAGACCAGGUGUUUGGCACAGAGGGUGGUGAGAAGAAGGAGCAGCAAGGGACAACGGUGGUGGACGAUGCCUCGCCUAUCGCUCCGGAACCAAAGCGAUUGACGGACGAGCAGCAAAAGGAGAUGGUGGGUGAGCUGAAGAAGAAGUGGCUGGGUAUCUUUUGA